AUGUAUUUACCUAGUAUUGUUUCAAGAGACGUGCAUAGACUGUGGAAUAGUCCCGAGGAGCAGGAUGGUCAGCGUCAACCGUCGCUAUCGGCAUACACGGCGGAUCGGCCUGGAGUGCUUGCUGAGCGGCAUGCACAGGGUCUGGUUCUGCCGGAUAGGCCGCAGUAUCAUCGAAUUUCGCUGAAAUUUAAUCCGAGACUGGAGUAUUUAGAUCGACUGGUAGUUUGGGGACACGAUGAAUUGAUCCCCUUGGGCGUGGGAAAGACAAUGCGUGCUGUCCAGGAGGAACAGGAUCGCGAAGAAGCACCAGUGGAAGAACCACAAGCUGUAGGCACUAUGGAAAACUUCGAUGCUGAUGCUGAAUCACUUUUGGUGGUGGAAGAUGUGGUGGAUCUUGACGACGACAUUGCAAAUGACGACAACAGUGUGUAUCUGGACUAUGAAGAAGACACCUCUUCAGCUGCAGAAAGACGAAUGGAUGAUGGAUUCAUGGCCGGUGAAGAGUACGACGAUGCAACUCAGGCCAGCGACUCUGAAGAUAGAGGCUUUGAGGAUGACGACGGUGACGUUUCCUGUGCGAGACUAAGAAGAGUGCACAUAGGCCCUUCAACGGGUCUUGGUUCAACUGCUCAUGCUUCAACUGCUACGGCAACCACAGUCGGAUCCUCUACUAUGACUCUAGCUGGAGCGCAAUCGUCUGCAUCUAGUAGCAGAUUGGCCUCCGAAAAGGCCCCCGAAUUUGCCGACGAUUAUGACUAUGAUAUGACCUUUGAUGAGUGA